GAAUCUUUUUCUAUUUGGAGCGCUAUAAGAUUGGGGCAGAUCCCGCGGAGUAAACGGUAUCCGCACUACAAGAUAAGGCCAUGAGCUCGAUAAUGGAGUGGGGAGCAGUGCGGGCUAUGAGGUAGUGGACGCUGCAUGCUUUGUCUUCACUCAAGAUGGAUCUCGUUAUGGCCGAUCGAAGGGCCCGGUCGCACACACGAACACAUGCGUGACAAGUGUCCGCAUGGUUGAGGCCAUGCUCCCCAUGCUGCUCCCCAAGACUCGAAGGCAUUGGUGGCCCCAUGAUCCCAUCUACCUAGUUGUUCCUGCAUUGCGCCUGACAUUUCUCCCUCACCUUCAAGCAGCAUGUCGUCGACGUUCCUGCGAUUGUUUUUUUGUUGUCGUUGGCAACAUUUGGCAACUUCCUCACGUCCGGCCCAAAGUGUCUUUUCUUCGCACGAUUUAGAAGAAGAUAAACGUUGUGCUUACUCGCUUCUUUGAGAGUACUAAUUUUGUUUGUUUGCUUCAGCAAGCUUCAGACGGAGGUAGAUGAAACUCGGGCUUUCGAUUAUAAUGCAUAUCGCAUAAUUAAAAAAAUAAAUAAGGGAGGGGCUAGUGAAGAAAGCUCUGUGAUUGGUCAGAGUCAUCCCUAUGUUUAAUACAACUCCGUGAUAUAGUCUUCACGGCAGAGAGAAAAGGGGAGAAGUAGUGCACAUUAGCCUAGGGUG